AUGGGACGACUGUGGAGGGCGGCAAGGAGCUGGGCCUCAGUGUUUGGGCGGAAUCUCUGGAGAGAGUUUGAUGGGAGCGAGGAGCUGAAGGGGGCCUGUGAGAGGAUGGCAAGGGGGUGGAUGGGAUGCAGGGAUGCUGUUGAAGACACGCGUCUGUUCAGGGUUGGAAGGAGGAUGAUGGAGGUGUCGAGCAGCGUGAUGAGGGCCUCUGAUGCCUCGAUUGGGAUUGCGCUUAGGGCCGGAGGAGGCCUACUGUGCCGGCGAAGGGAGUUCCAGAGGAGAUUGGACAUGGUGUUCAGGAUUCCGCAGUACUACGGAGGGGUGAGGAGUUCUGGGCCGUCUGUGGCAGCCAAGGAUGGGAGUGGGGAGUGUUUGAGGAAGAGAGGGGGGCUGGUUGAGUACAGGGGAAGUGUGAUGAAGAGGAUAUGGAGGCUCUGCUCUGUGGUUAAGUCCCGUCUGUCCUCUGACGAGAGGGCCAUAGAGGAGAUUGAGAACAGGUGUGUGGGGGAGAUACUUAGAGGUCUGGGGUCCGAGCCGGUGAGUGGGCUGUGCACAGAAGAAGGGAUGGAGGACUUGAAGAAUCUGGCCCUUGAGGUGGGAGGAGGAAGAGAUGUGUGGACGACGGACAUCAGGAAUACCUCGACGUCUGGGAGUGUGGCAAAGGGGAUGUUUGAGUGCGAGUUUGAGGCUGAGAUUGCAACUGGGGAUAGGAUGUGUGUCGGGGGCGAUAGACAUGUGUUUCUCAUUCGGGGGAGGUUUGUGAAUGGUGCGGGGUGUGAGGAUGGAGGGUGGUAUCUCUCUUCACUUGCCUGGACUCGGAUAGGAUGA